AUGGCCUCCCAACUCCCCAUCAGCAGCCCUGCCGGCAUCACCCGCGCACCAACUCCGGAGCCCCGUCGAGAACCAGCAAGACUUCGUCUUAGUCAGCCAGUUGCCCAGUUGUUCCAGGCAAUUGGAUAUCUUGGACAUCAGUCAUCGUCUUCAGUCAACGCCAACCGUUUCUCCAAUCAGUUUUACGCUCCGUCGGCUCCGUCGUCCGCCUCCCUGAGCAGUCAGCAGAGGACCCAACAACAGCAAGAUUCUGCCCGCCCCCCUGUGCCAUUGUUCAACCAGAGCGCCGGUAACAUCCACCAAUCAGCCAAGAUGAUGAACGCGGCAGACGUAGACCUGGAUGAAUUCACCGCCUUUGAAGGCGGUGCGUCCGCAUUCUCAUCUCCAGCCGUUCUGUCUGCCAUGGAUUUCAGGGGCAGCAUGUCAAGCUCCACGUCCAACGUGGGCACUGUUUCUCCUCAGGAUUUACUUGUUCAAGAGCCCUUCAUGUCCGCGCCAAGUUCCUCUGCUCUCACUGCUCUGACAUCACCGUCCAUUUACGACGAGUCUCCGGACUUUGAUGGAUUCGACGUCUCACCCAACUUUGGCAGUGCAGACUUGGAGAGCUCCAGCGAUCCUUGGUACCCCCUGUUCCCUCAAGACUCGGGCCACAAUGGCCCCGAGGUCAACCCUGAGGACUCACCUGCCCAGACGUCGGAUGACAUGGACUCUGUCAGCCCUGCUUCUGGGUCUGGCAACCGUAAGAAGGCCACCAAUUCGCCUACCGGCAGCGGUCGUCACUCUUCCGUUGCCGGGGUCAGCUCGCGCAAGCUAGACAAGCCUCUGCCCCCCAUCAUCGUUGAAGACCCCGGUGAUCCCGUUGCCAUGAAGCGAGCUCGUAACACCCUCGCAGCUCGAAAGUCGCGUGAGCGCAAGGCUCAGCGCUUGGAAGAACUCGAGGACCGUAUUGCCAAACUCGAGGCGGAACGUGAUCAUUGGAAGGAGAUUGCGCUUUCGCAAUCGGGUCCGCAAAUAUAA